AUGUGGAUGUUUUCUUGGCUCUGGGUCAUUUUAAUUAUUUUGGCUAUUGCUGGUAUGGAUGCAAUAGCGAAGACCACGCCACAUACCAAGUUUACGAAGAAAUCUGAGGGAAAAGAGGUGCCAAAGGGUCUAAAGCCAUCCAGCGUCCCACUUUUGGAAGAAGAAACCCCCUUCACUGAAUUGGCUGAAAUGGCAGAACCAACCAUGGAACCCUUAGACUUGGAUUCUUCUUUUGGCACUGCCACUCUUUUUCCCUUUGAAAAUGUCACCCUUGACCCAGCUGAUUUCUUUUUGAAUUGCUGUGGUUGUUGUUCAACUAUACCAGGGCAGAAAGGCGCACCUGGAGAAUCUGGAAAAUCAGGCCCUAAGGGAGAGAUUGGUGAUGUGGGGAUUCCAGGGCCACCAGGGGUUGCUGGGCCCCAAGGGCCCAAAGGCCAGAAAGGAGAGAAAGGCUUUAAAGGAGAACGUGGGGAGCAAGGAACAAAUGGAAUUCCAGGAUAUCCAGGAAAACCUGGAGAACAAGGUGGACUUGGCCCUAAGGGGGAGAAAGGAAAUAUUGGACUGGCAGGAAUGAGAGGACAAAAAGGCUCCAAGGGGGACGCGUGUGAGAAUGCAACCAAAGGCGAUAAAGGGGACCCAGGCGCUGCCGGCUCCCCGGGCUUAAACGGCGAGCCUGGGGCCAAGGGACAGAAGGGAGAGGUGGGGGGGAAGGGCUACUGUGGAGACUCUGGGGAGAGGGGAGGCAAAGGACAAAAGGGCGAGGAAGGGAUGAAAGGAGAGAAAGGUACCAAAGGAGACCUUGGAAGGGAAGGCAGAAGCGGCCCAGAUGGCCUGCCCGGGGCCAAAGGCGAUCCGGGAGUUAAAGGCGCAAAGGGGGAAUUAGGCGCUCCCGGUCUUGCGGGGCUUGCUGGGCUCAAGGGCGAGCCUGGGAGCAAAGGGGUCCGAGGCUCCAUCGGGAAGAAGGGCUCCCGGGGCCUGAAAGGCUCCAAGGGAGAGGGGGCCGGAGCCCCGCGGUCGGCUUUCAGCGCUGCUUUGUCGAAGCCUUUCCCUCCUCCCGGCGUCCCUAUCAAAUUUGACAAGGUUCUCUAUAACGACCAGGGACAUUACAGCCCCGUCACUGGGAAAUUUAACUGCAGUUUUCCCGGGGCGUACGUUUUCUCCUACCAUGUCACGGUGAGGGGCCGACCUGCUCGGAUCAGUCUGGUGGCCCGGAACAAGAAGCAGUUCAAGUCCAGAGAAACUCUCCACGGUCAGGAAAUAGAUCAGGCCUCUCUCCUCAUCAUCCUGAAAUUAAGUGCAGGGGACCAAGUCUGGCUGGAAGUUUCAAAAGACUGGAAUGGGGUGUAUGUCAGUGCUGAGGAUGACAGCAUUUUUACUGGGUUCCUUUUGUACCCAGGGGAAACUCCUGGAAUGUCACCAUAA